AUGGCCUCAACGACAUCUUACAGUCAAGGAGAAAGCCCACAGCGAGCUCCGCACAGGCGAGCCAACGUGGGAUGGCUAUCCCCAUGUACGAGCUUCCCAAACUUGACAUCGCAUUUCAUUAACGCCAGCAGCGACCCAACCGCCAAAAGCAAUCAUCAACAGCAACUACGGCCGUGCGCUUACAAACGAGGAACUCAUUUCUACCAGCAAAUCGCGUCUGGACAACUUAACCCAGGCGAUAUAUCUGCACAGAGACUCGCUCUAAACGACCUGGAGGAUCCUCAGACAAUCAUAAGUCAGAUUCAAGAUAUAAACACCGGCCGGUUUGUGUUUAGUAGUCUCUACCUGAAAGAGAGGCACAUCCUUUACUAUUGGGGAAGAGCUAUUUCAUUUCUCUCUCAGAAUCUCCUAGCGGGGGAUGAAAUACACCAACCGUCACUAGGGAAUCUCAAAAGAAUCACUGAAUAUGCCUCUGAUAUGGAGAGUGCAGUACUUGAUGCAGGCUGGGCGGGAGUGCUGACAUCUGACUAUCGAUUGGUGCUUUCUGAGCGGUGGAAUCUUUUCGAAAGCGCGUUCAAUUUGUAUCAUCAGCAUUCACAAUCUCCUCGAACGGUUGCGAAAUGGCCCAACGUAGCGCGCAGAGCCCAAGCGGCACCAAAAGUGGUACCUCAAGACAGCAAAACAGGCCUUCCAACGCAGUCCGGUGUAUGGGUUUACCUUGAUCAUCUCAGGUAUCCCUUUGUGGGCAGAUACUCGAUUGCGGAAGCGGACUUGGGUGCCUCCCAUGUUGCUAGCAUUGAUCUGCACGAUCAUAGCACCACCGCUAUAUCUCACAGCUCCGACGGAGUGGUCGAGCUUCGUUGGUCUUGUAGCUACCGGCAUACAGGCAUUCAUGGUUCUACAGCUUGUGACAGUUUCCGGAUGAGUGGAGGGCCUGUGGUCGUACGGCUAGUUGGUGUUGGCUGGAUGAGCUGUGGCUGCCUUGCAGGGCAAGGUUUGGAAUCAACACUUACUCAGCAUUGUGAGAUUAAGUAUAGUCUGAUUUAUGCAAGAAUCCUAAUAGAUAUCGCCAAGUCGCAAUACAAAAUCAAUAGUCCCGACUGUUUAGUGCCUUAUCCUGAUUACACCGCCCAAGGUCGUUAG